GAUAAAGAUGAGAACCAUGUCUUCCAGCUCAGCAAUGGUGCGGAUCCUGAUCAAGGGUGGCAAGGUGGUCAACGAUGACUUCACCCAGGAGGCGGAUGUGUACGUGGAGAACGGCAUUGUGCAGCAGGUGGGCAAGGAGCUGAUGAUCCCGGGCGGGGCCAAGGUGAUCGACGCCUCUGGGAAGCUGGUCCUCCCAGGGGGCAUCGACACCAGCGUGCACCUGCAGCAGAGCUUCAUGAAUGCCACCACUGCUGAUGACUACUACAGUGGCACCAAGGCAGCUCUGGCUGGAGGCACCACCAUGGUCAUUGGACACGUCCUGCCUGAGAAGAAUGAGUCCCUCCUGGAGGCCUAUGAGAAGUGUCGGUCCCUGGCCGACCCUAAAGCCUGCUGUGACUAUGCUCUGCACAUGGGGGUCACCUGGUGGGGCCCCAAGGUGAGGGCUGAGAUGGAGGCCCUGGUGCGAGAGAAAGGGGUCAACUCCUUCCAGAUGUUCAUGGCCUAUAAGGACACGUUCAUGCUGAGGGACAGCGAGCUCUUCCAGGCACUGCAGAACUGCAAGGACAUCGGGGCCGUGGCCAGGGUCCACGCCGAGAACGGCGAGCUGGUGGCCGAGGGAGCCAAGGAAGCCCUGGACCUGGGCAUCAGUGGACCUGAGGGCAUUGAGAUCAGCAGACCUGAAGAGCUGGAGGCUGAGGCCACUCACAGGGCCAUAACCAUCGCCAACAGGGCCCACUGCCCCAUCUACCUGGUCAAUGUGUCCAGCAUGUCUGCGGGAGACGUCGUGGCCACUGCCAAGAUGCAGGGUAAGGUGGUCCAUGGGGAGACGACCACGGCGCACGCCGUGCUGAACGGGCUCCAGUACUACCACCAGGACUGGGCCCACGCCGCAGCCUACGUGACGGUUCCGCCCAUACGCCUGGACCCCAACACCCCUAACUAUCUGAUGAGUCUGCUGGCCAAUGACACCCUCAACGCCGUGGCGUCAGACCACCGUCCUUUCACCAUCAAGCAGAAAGCCAUGGGCAAGGACGACUUCACCAAGAUCCCUCACGGCGUCCCGGGAAUCCAGGAUCGCAUGAGCGUCAUGUGGGAGAGAGGAGUGGUUGGAGGCAAAAUGGACGAGAACCAGUUUGUAGCUGUGACCAGCUCCAACGCUGCCAAGAUCUAUAACCUGUACCCCCGCAAGGGCAGGAUCAUCCCUGGGGCCGAUGCUGACCUGGUGGUCUGGGACCCUGAGAGCACCAAGACCAUCUCUGUGGACACACAGCUCCAGGGAGGAGACAUGAACCUGUACGAGGGUCUUCGCUGUCAUGGCGUUCCCCUGGUCACCAUCAGCCGCGGUCGACUGGUCUAUGAAAACGGCGUCUUCACGUGUUCUGAAGGUUCCGGAAAGUUCUACCCUCUCCGAACAUUCCCAGACUACCUGUACAAGAAGAUGGUCCAGAGAGAGAAGUGCCAGGCUGUGAAAGCUGUGGAGCGUGAGGCCUACGUGGGGGAUGUCGCCGUGGUGAACAACUCAGGCAGGAAGGACGGUGGCCUGGACGACCUGGACACCCCGACGCGUGCCUGCACCAGACACGGAGGGCUCCGCGACCUCCACGAGUCCAGCUUCAGCCUCUCUGGAGCCCAGAUUGAUGACAAGAUUCCAAAGAGAUCCUCUGCAAGGAUCCUGGCCCCCCCAGGAGGUCGAUCCAGUGGGAUCUGGUAAUCUGGAACCAGCCUGGGUCCAACCAAUCAGCAGCCAGAUCUCAACCAAGAAGGAAGAAUCAAGCCUGAAGGAUAUCAAUGGUCAACCAAGAAAACAUUCUCUCUCUCUCUCUCUCUCUCUCUCUCUCUCUCUCUCUCUCUCUCUCUCUCUGUCUCUUUCUCUCUCUCUCUCUGUCUCUCUCUGUCUCUCUCUGUCUGUCUGUCUCUCACUUUCUCUGUCUCGCUUCCUGUUGACUUUUUCCUGUCUCUCUUUCUUUCUGAAUGCAUCGUGAAAAGUGUCACAUUUUAUUUCAACUGAGCACGGUUCUUAACUGUACAUGACAUGGUAAGUGCAACGUCACAUGGCGCUGCAACGCUAAUGUUGGAAAUUAAGCUAACCAUAAAAAUUCGAACAAAAUUGAGAUAAAACCUCACCAAGAAAAAACAAUCUAAUACAUUGUUGGAAGUAUCUAAACCAAAUUAAAGCAGCAACUAACAAGCUGUCAUUAACUGAUGUGGAUUCAGAUCAGGGUGUGUCAUUACACUAAUCGUUACAGGGCUAAGGGGGUGGGACUUGAUCUGAUAAUAUUGUUUUACCUCACUGUUAUAUCUACAAUAUUGCACUGUAUCAUGUACUACUUAGCUGCCUUUUGACAUUGUUUUUAUGUGUCUAGACACAAGUUUUUAUACAGAGUACAACCAUUAGUGAAACGUGGUUAGAUACAAUGGUAUUGACAUGAAACACCAUGAAUAUCUCAAUACAUUGUGUGAAACAUUUUAGAAUGUUCAAAUGUGGAUUAUUUUACACAUGGUUUAUUUAUUUCUGUUAUAAUGUAUUCUUUCAAGACGUCAUUCACUGUAGUAGCACUGUCUGCUUCAUGCUUUCAUGGUACAUGGACGGUGGGCCUAAAAAGUGUGUAAACAAACAAGUCCAAGAGCACACUGUCCUCAUCACAGCUCAUUCAGACUUCCACUAACUGUUUACAGCCUUGUUAGUGUCAUUGUCCCUGUCAUUCUCUCCCUACAAUGUGAAUGCACCUAUGCUGCAUUUGCUGUGCAUUGUGGCAUAGAACCCUUCUCUUCCAUUGAUGUUACUACAGUUGAGCAGCAUUCUGUGCAAAAGUGCUCAUGGUCAUAAUCCUCCACAAGCAGAAAGCUUCACCUUCAAAAGCCUUUUUCCUGAUCAGUGAAGUCUUACAGUAUCCAAAUGAGCAGGUACUACUUAUUGGAACCUCUUACAAAAAAGAAAACAUGCGCUAUGUAGAAUCUUUAACCAUUGAAGAACCCAGUGAUGAAAAUAAAAUCUCUUUCAGGUCCACAGGUUUCUUGAACGGAACUCUUGCUAGGUCCGAAAGAACCAUGCACAUUAUGGACUUUAAAAGGAUUCUGGAAUCUGUUGAGCAUUCUUCUGUUGUACUAGUGAUUCAAUUUACACCGUUCUUUGUAAGAUGAGCACUUUUUACAAUUCAGUACUCAUGGCUUUGCACUAAAUUCCCUGACUGUUAUAUCUGUUGAUUGACAUUGUCCAACAUAACACCUUUGUGAACUGGAAACACAAACGUACUGACCAAACAAUACUGAAACAGUACCAGAUCCAUAUGGUAUUCUGUUAUACUUCAUCAUCCACUGUCAUUUAAUUUUAUUCUGGAGAAUAAUCUUUUUAUUUUAUGUUGUUUAUCAUUGCACAAUAUACUUCCGAUAAAAACAGCAGUGUAUAAGUCCUACCGGUGCUAAAUAAUGUGUUCUGGAUUGUGCUUUAUUUUAUCUUAUGUCUUGCAGCUCUUUACCACAUGAUUGAGUGCAAAUAAACCACACUG